UUCCGGUCCGAAUAUCGCUGCGUAGUGGUGUUGGAGCUAUGCCCUCCGGCGACCAGGAGGGCAUCCCCGCCGACGGCGCAGCCCGCUGCUGCAUUUCCCACGGCUUCUUCGAAUCCGCCUCCAAGAACCCCUCCCGAAUCGCCUUCGUCCAUGCUUCUGGCAGUCAUCAACGGCAAGAAGAGGCGGUGAGAGCUUUAACUUCUAAGGAGACUUCGUACCCUCCGAUCUAUCCCGGCGACGUGUGCUUCACCAGCGGAGACGUCCUAUACGCUGUAGAAUCAUACAGCCGUCGCAUACGCCGGGUUCUCGAUGGCGGUGACGAUGCUGAUCUCGUCAGGCCGCAAGGUUGUGAUAGAGAAAAUCAGAUUGAUAAGUCAGUGACAUUGGAUAAUGAUAUGCCACAUGUGGUUGGUGUCUGUAUUCCUCCUUCAGUGGAAUAUAUAGUCGCAGUCCUUGCAAUUCUCAGGUGUGGGGAGGCUUUCUUGCCUCUAGAUCCAUCAUGGCCUGAAUCAAGGUUGCUUUCAGUCAUUUCUUCCUCAAAUACUAGCCUCAUUCUCCAAUGUGUUCCAUCUCAUGAAACUUUGCAAUACAAGGCAGCUGAGUGGAUAGUGAAAAGGAGUAGUCGUUUGGUUCUGUAUAUAAAUCUUUUUUUGGACCAUAAAAAGGAGAUUGUCAGAUCCGAACUUAUAUGGCCUUGUGAAAGAAGUCCAAGAAGGUUCUGUUAUGUGAUGUAUACAUCUGGUUCAACCGGAAAACCAAAAGGUGUUUGUGGUACAGAAGAAGGUCUUCUAAAUCGCUUUCAGUGGAUGCAAGGAUUGAUUCCAUUGUGCAACAUGGAUAUAUUGUUGUUCAAGACCUCCAUUAGCUUCAUCGACCAUUUGCAGGAGUUCUUUGGAGCCACCUUAACUUCCACACCACUCAUCAUACUUCCAGUUAAUGAUAUAAAAGCUAAUCCAUUAUGUUUGGUUGAUUUCGUUAAGGCAUACAAAAUUUCACGAAUGACUUGUGUUCCUUCCUUGAUGAGAUUAGUUCUUCCUAAGUUGGAGGACUCUUACUUCAGAAGUUCUAACCCCCUGAAAGUCUUGAUCCUUAGUGGCGAGAUUCUAUCUGUUCCUUUGUGUAGCAGUUUGCAGGAAUAUCUGCCUUGGACAACAAUCCUCAAUCUCUAUGGAAGUACAGAGGUAUCUGGUGACUGCACAUAUUUUGAUUGCAAAAAAUUAGCAGAUGUUUUGGAUGUUGAGCCACUAAGCUCUGUCCCUAUUGGAUUUCCUAUUUCAAAUUGUGAGACUGUGCUUGUGGGUCAACCUGACUGUCCUGAUGAGGGUGAGAUCUAUGUUUCCGGGGUUUGCUUGUUUGCAGGAUACCAUGACAACAUGAAUAAUGAUCCAAUGGGCAAAAGUAGUGUGUCACAAUUCCAAACUGGUGACUUUGCAAGACGACUACGAAGUGGGGAUCUUGUUUUUCUAGGUAGACAUGAUCGCACUGUAAAAAUCAAUGGACAACGAGUUGCAUUGGAGGAAAUAGAAAGUGCCAUGAAGGACCAUCCCGAAAUCAAUGAUGCUGCUGUAACUUAUCAUGGAAGCAAUGGAGUAGCAACUCAACUAGAGGCAUACUUUGUGAUGAAAUCAUCAGAGGGCUUUAAGAAAAAUCAUAGACCUUUAGACAAGCUGCAAAUGGUUGAAUCUUUAAUACCAUCUAUCCGGAGUUGGUUACAAAAGAAACUUCCUUCUGUGAUGAUCCCUAGCUAUUAUUUCUGUAUGGAAUCACUGCCAAUCUUGGACUCUGGAAAAAUUAAUCAUCUAGAGCUUUCAAGUUCUGUAUCUACGCCUAAGCAGCAUGUCAGCCCUUUUGGAAGAAAUAGUUCUUCUGUUAAUCAGUUACAGACUAUCAAAGAUGUAUUUUGUGAUGCUUUGUUGGUUAAAGAAGUUGCAGAUGAUGAUGAUUUCUUCACAAUGGGAGGGACUUCAAUUUCUGCUGCCCUAGCUUCAUACAAGUUACAGAUUGAUAUGAGAUUAAUAUACAUGUUCCCUACUCCAGUUAAGCUUCUAAAUAGGUUAAUAGAGGAUAAGGAAUUGCAUGAGAAUUUGAUAAGUCCUGAUCCUAUCCCUAGGAAAAGAUUGAAAGCACAUGCUAAUGUGCUUGACUCUUCUGAUUUUAUAACUGGAAAUGCAGAAAGUGAUUUUCUGCUUCCAGAGCCAUCUCCCUCACUUGUAGGUACAAGGGUCCAUGAUCUCUCUGCUGAGCAUAAUGUACAACUGGUUUAUAAUUAUUUUGAGGGAAGUAAUAAUGCUUCUGGUAUGUGCUCAGAGCUAGUAGUACAAGAUCCAUCCUUAUUUCCAGAUUCACAUCAUGCAGCUUCAGGUGAUCAUGGCCCAUGGAAUUCAAAUUGUAAUAUCCAUAAGAUGUGUUCAUUUAGCCGCUGCAAUAAAAUUAUGCACGAAGUUGAUUCCUACAUGGUUUGUAUGGAUAAGUCAUGGUUGACUAUCAGGACCCCCAGGAGUAUAAAGGGCUCCUUGCAGGAGCUCUGGAAAAUCCCACUUAAGUCAUGUGUUGAUGCUUCACCGUUGAUAGUCAUAGCAGAUGGAAAAUGGUACCUUUUUAUUGGAUCUCACUCACACAUGUUUCUAUGCAUUGAGCCACUCAGUGGUUCUGUGCGAUGGCAAGUUCUGCUAGAUAGUCGCAUUGAAUGUUCAGCUGCAAUCACUGGUGAUUUUUCUCAGGUUGUCGUAGGAUGUUAUAAAGGAAAAAUAUACUUUCUCGAUUUUGCAAAUGGCACUAUAUCUUGGUAUUUUCAAACAGAUGGAGAGGUUAAGAUGCAGCCAGUUGUGGAGAGGAGCAGAAACUUGAUAUGGUGUGGUUCUCAUGAUCAUUCUCUAUACGCAUUGGACUACAAGGAGCAUUGUUGUGUUUAUAAAGUAUCUUGUGGUGGGAGCCUUUUUGGGUCGCCUUUCUUCGAUGUGGUACACAACAUGCUGUAUGUUGCAUCAACAAGUGGUCGUGUGACAGCCAUAUCCUCAGUGGCCUUACCAUUCGACAUUGUAUGGACUUUUGAGGCAGGAGCACCUAUCUUUGGAUCUCUGACCAUGGAUUCCAAAUGCAGAAUUGUGAUUUGUUGUCUGGUGGAUGGCUAUGUGCUUGCGCUAAGCUUUUCAGGAGCUGUAGUUUGGAAGGCACAUGUUGGUGGCCCAAUAUUUGCUGGAGCUUGCAUAUCAUCUGUUCUUGCUGACAAGAUCUUAAUAUGUUCCCGAAAUGGAAAGUUAUACUCCUUUGACAUGGAAGGAACUAUUCACUGGGAGUACGACACGAGGGAUCCAAUCACAUCUUCCGCUUACGUCGACGAGCACACUGAAUUGGUUUCUGACCCAUCAUGUCCGAAUGAUAGGCUGGCUUGCAUUUGCAGCAGUUCUGGGAGUAUCCAUUUGAUAAGAAUCAGUGCAGAAGCGAAGCGAGAGGCUGGACGGAGCGCCGAUGCAGCGACCCCAAUGGUCGAACAGUUUGCCGUCGCGAAACUCCCAGGUGACAUAUUCUCAUCUCCUGUAAUGGUAGGAGGUCGCAUCUUUGUUGGAUGCAGAGAUGAUUAUGUGCAUUGCCUCACAGUUGUUCCCUGACCGUGUCCAUCUAACAAGAUUUAUAUUCUUGUUAUAGUUUUUUUUUUUAAUUUUCAAGAAAAAAUAUUUUAUUUAAGAUUAAGUAAAUUUUUAUUCAAAUAAAUAAGUAGGUAAUUGAAUGCAUUUA